GGAAAACAUUUCAGACACCCCUGCACGAAGACAAUGCAAUUGGGUCUGUACCGAUCCACUCAAAUCCUGAGGGUGGGGGUAAUGGACAUUGUAGUCAGGGGAAUCUCUCAACUAGUAACAACACAAUGCACAGGAUGUGUUGUGUGUUCUUUUUGGUCACCAGGCUACCAAGGGUGCCAGAUGCCCGUCUUCGAAGACAUGAGCGGAAUGCCCAGAAGAAAGUUGGCAGAGUGAAAAAGCAAUGGGACAGAGAGAUUGGACUGAGAUGUCACACAAAGUAUCCCCGUCGACGUUGCACAAGAAGGAAAUAUGCACCGCGAGCCACCAGGAGUCUUUAGGGGAAAACGAGUCGUCAGAGGCAAUCCGUCAAGAAGUGCCGCCAAAGAAGUGUUCUCCUGUGCCGGAAGUCACACUCUGUCACGCGAGCCAAAUGGGUUUGACCCGGAUCAAAACGAAAAUAAUCCCGUUUUCCAGCUGGCUUUGCAGGGUGCUUAAACAUAUGCUGAUGUGCUGGACCAUCCACAAGGCAUGGCGCUCUGAGUCAGGUACCGAUCCAGGAGAGUUUGUUAUCUCAGAGCAGAUCAACGAACUAGAGCCGCCUGACCCAGCGCCACUUGAAAUAUCCGCCUGCACCUCAGAAUAUGUUUUCAUGCCUUCUCCACACAACAUCUUCACACACAAGGUCCAGUUGGAAAGUCCACCAGUGGAGCAGACCUCAAUGACCUACACCGUUACAGGCUAUCCUCACGUGGGCUACUCGGUCCAUAGUCGAUCCAGAAGAACCGCCUGCCUCUUGCCUCGUUCUCGCAGCACCUCUGCGCUCAGACCAGAGAAGAGCAGAAGCUUGACCCGAUCUGCCAGCUUGCUCGACAUGUUCCUCAAGGAUUUUGAGCACUUUACGCCUGACGUCACCGUGGGGGGAAAGAGGGAAACCUACCGGCUGCAAUGCUUCAGGGCCGGCAGGUACCAGUGCACAGUGACGGGCCUGGUGUUUCACAUGGAUGGAGAGGGGGAUGUGCGUUACGGGAUCAUCCCAUGGGACCUAAGCCUACUGGCCCAGCACCACAAAAAACCAGCGGGACCGCUCUUUGACAUCCAGUGUGACAAGCCGUCCAUGCGGCAGCUUCACCUGCCGCAUUGUGAGAUCCCAUCCAUGGGCGGAAGCAGCCGUUUGUUAGUGGCUCACAUGAGCGGCGAGGGCAUGGAGGUAGUCACACCUCAGAAGACCACCGACACUCACGUCAUUGCCAACAUCUCAGGCUUUUCGGCUUUUGGGCUCAUGAGAAGUGAAGAUAUGCCUCGCCUCCCGAUUCGAGCGUUGGUGCUAGUCUUCCUCAUUUCCGAAUCACCGUCCGUCUUAAAUGUGCUGUUAGUGCCAGAGAACGAGGUGGUGGAUGAAGUGAUUCGUGUUCGCAGCAGACGCAAUCCCAACGAGGGCUUUGUCAACACCAUCUCAGAAUGCAUCCUAGUCCCAGAGCAGCUGUACGUGCUGACCAGCCCGCUAGGAGACUUGCUGCGAAUUCAACCAAGUAGCGCGACUUUUUACGAUGAUCCUCGCAGGAACUACAUGAAUUCAUUCCAAGUACUUGGAAUAGACAACAUGGACACGAUUCAUCUCGCUCUGAGGGAAUAUGACAACCCCCAAGGCCACGUCUGGCACGCCGAGGUUCCUUUGAGGCACGCAGUCCAGCACCAUAGCGGUUUUACUGUUGAAGACCUGAGAAACGCUUGGUCCGGCUUUGUCCACCGAGUAUCACGACCGGUCCUCGGGACUCUGGUGGACCGUCUGUUUCAGGAAAGAUACCUAAGCGAAUGUGAAAGAGACAAAAUGGACCAAGAAUGCGACAAAAGGCGGAAGGCCCGUGACGUCUUAAAAAAAAUGAUUAACCUCAACCAACAGGCUCGUAAACGCUUCGUUACUUUACUUCGUGAAGAAGAUCCUCAUUUUGCGGCUACUCUUGGCUGGUGAGGACCGGACUCAUACAUUUUGGACUGAUGUUUCAUUGGUGUUCCCUUAAAUCAGCCACAAGCAUCGCAUCUUGAACUCGGACGAUGAGAGAACACGUUGUCUGGACUGUGUGAUGACGUGAGAGCAGGACGUCUGCUGAAGAAAAACUGCUACUGAAUACACUUUGCAUUGACGUUCCAUUCUUGGAUGUUCUCAGGACUCAGAGGCUCUGGAAAAAAUGUGAUUAUGUCCAAUUUAUUUUGAUUAUAUUGUCAAAGUCGUCUGUGAAGUACUCAAGCUUCUAUCUUAUACUUACGUCAAGUCGUUAUGUAAGGUGCUAUAUUUCUAUUUUACAUAUUUUUGUCUCAUUAAAACAUGUAUUUAUAAAUCACUAUUAGGAUCAUAUACAUAUACAAUAUACAUUUAUUAAGUUAAACCUUUACUAAAAAGUCAUUAUUUGCUGAUAUAUAUAUAUAAAGGUUAACUUAAUAAAUUAUGAUGGCCACUAGAUGUCGCCAAAGUACCAUACCACUAUAACGUAAAGAAUGCAUUCUAGACAUUUAAUUACAAAAAGGUAUGUGUUUUCACACCUACCAUUGUUGUCUGUUUGACUGAUUUCACUUAAUCAAGACUUUUAUAACAUUCCACACUACCAAAUAAUAAAAGUACGAAUAAUUCAUGCUGAUAUCGUGUCGGAUCUGCAUCGGCCAAUACUCAAGGAUCCUAUAUCGAUAUUGUGUAGGAAAUGAAAAAUCAAGAUUCGGGACAUCCCUAAUUAUUAACGUCUGGGGCAAUUAAUGAGAAAUGGCAUGUUUUGGAAAAUAAAUAGCUCGAAUGAGUGGGUUUUCCUGUU